ACAAAUUUGACAAGUGGGAUUUGAAAUCAAGUUAUUUGAAUUAAUUGUGAAAGGUAGAAGCGGUGUUGGACGCCAUUGCGACGCGGUAACGCUACCGUCUCUGCCCACCCGUCUAUACCGCAUUCUCACCCUAUAUAACGUAUUUACAACAGAACAGGUUUAUCAGAAUUAGAGAUGUCAUCCCGUGCACAUGGAAGAGGUCAUCGAGGUAUUGGAGCACGAAUAGGGUAUGUGCCACGAGGAGGUGGACACUGGACUGGUCGUGGAGGCCAGCGAGGAGGAAGAUCAGAUUACUAUCCUUCAAAUCAUGGGGGUCGAUCACCUCGUCCAUUCCAACGACAGGCUGAUCCUGAGAAGCUUCUGGCUUCAUUGGGGCCUGAUGCACAGUUGGCUCUAACCACAGCAAUUAUUAAUUCUGUGCUUAAGACUUCAGAAGAGAAAGAAGGCCGUGGCUCAUUUCGGGACAACCGGGACCUGAGUUACCGCCUCCAGAGAGAGAAUCGUCGUGAAGGUCGGGGAGGAUAUUACAGGGAGGAGAUGCGACUGCGCAGACAAUAUGGUGAGCCCCGCAGAUAUGAAACCAGGUGGUACAACGAGGAGGGGCGGGGUCAUCAGUAUGAACGAGAGAAACCCUCUGCUAUCCCCCCUCGCUACGGUUAUGGCCACAAAAACACCUACCCAAACAAGAGGAGGCCCUCCCCCCAUGGCCACCCUGGGCCCUCAUUCAAGCGACAGAGAAUGGAAAGGCUUGAAUCAGAGGAAGGUGAAAAUGCACAUCACAGAGAUGCUGAGUAUAUGGACGAGGGAGAUCCAGAAGAUCAUGAAAGGUCACGGGAUCGAGAGUGUCAUGGGUCUGUUCCGGAAGAUGAUCGUGGGAGAAGGGAUGUUGGCAGAGGAAGUAAGGAGAAUGAAGGUGGCCCUAGUGGUGUCCAGGUAACAAUUCGUGCUGAUGGUGAGCGAGCAGUCAACAGUGAUGGGCAUGUACGUAGAGUUGCUGGACGACUCUUUGUAGAACUGCGGUGUCCUCAUUGCCCAAACCAAAAGUCAAUUACUUUUAAGGAAUAUAAACUGCAUCUGGUGAGUGAUCAUCACAAGUCACAGUUAAAUAGACUGGCUAGGAAGCAUUCAGUGGUGUUACGUAAAAUACGAAUCCAACAGCGGCAGGAGCAGAAAGAAAUUGAAGCUAAAUGGAGAGAAGAAAAUGGAGAAGAAUUUAAAACUGCAGUCUCUAGGUUCUGUAGCACUUGCAAAUUGGCUUUUAAAUGCUUGGGCUCCAAUACUAGUGAAGGCAUCAGCUAUCACAACCGUAGCAAGUUGCACAGAAUGCAGCGUCACUACCUACAUCCAAGAUGUGGUCUUUGCCGCAUAACCUUCCCCAGUCGCAUGGUUUAUGAGCAUCAUAUUGCUUCAAUAAACCAUUUAAGGUGUUUGCAGGUCAGGACAGCUACAAUUGAUAACCAGGGUAGUGGCCGCCAUAGUGAUGACAACAAUCAGGAGGAAGAGAGUGAUGAUCUCGACUUGGCAAAUUUCAUGACUCUUGACUCUGUUGGAGAGGAUGAUGAUGAUGUUGGCUCUGAACAUGAAGAAAUAACUGGUGGUUUGGAUGCUGUGGAGGCAGCUGAGAAAGAAGCAGCAACGGGGGAUGAUGAUGAUGAUUUGGAACCAUCUACCAUUGACAAAAAGCAGAAAGGGAAGUCAAAAGGAAGAGGGAAGAAAGGGCCAGUUGAUGAUGAUGAUGAUGCUCAGUUGGAGAGUGAUUGGGAGAAAGAGCAACCAGAGGAUGAGGAAGAAGGAGGCCAUAAGCCACUUGGAACAGAGUAUGUGCGUCGCAUUGAAGCUUAUUUCUGCAGCCUUUGCUAUAAAAUCAUUCGUGCGGAUUCUUCAUUGGGGUCGCGAGCUGUUCAGCGCCACUGUCGGUCAUUAAAUCAUCUCUCGCAUUAUUAUGACCAUCAUCCAGCAGCACAUCAGGAAGAAGAUAUACCAAGUGGGGAGGAGGGGGAUGGUGAGGUUGAUCUUGAGGAAGACCCAGAUCAGGACAAGCUGUGGGAAGAAGUUGAUAAGGGCCUUACUGCCCUUCAGGGUGAAAUCAUGACAGAAAUAGAGGGUGAGGAUGCUACUGAAGAACAAAACAAAGAUGAUAAAGUCAAUGGGACAGAAGUGGAAAAGGAGUUAGAAGAAGCAGAAGCAGUAGCAGCAUCAGCAUCAUCAGUAGUAGCAGCAGCAUCUGGUGAUGAUCAAGCUAAAGAUGAUGCCAAAAGUGGUAAAGAAGAUGCUAAAGCUGAUAGAAAGGGAGAAGACAAAUCAAGUAAGUUGCCUAAAGAUAAAACUGUAAACACAAGCCAAGAUUCAACUUUGGACAUAGAAGCCUGGGAAGAAAUUGGAGAUGAAGUUGGCGAUGAUUUUACUGGUUAGUAAAAUUUUAAAGUUGUGUGCUAUAAUGAGGUACAGUAUUUUUUCAAACCUCAUGAAGUAGUAGUGAAUCCAGUGCCUCAGCACAAGAGACAUUGAAGCCAGUCAGCUGUAAAAUCUAUGCUGUACUGGUUUGGUACUUUAUGAACAAGAAUGGCUGGGAAUGCCUACUGUAAUUCUUGAAUUGUUUCAUUGGUGUCUGUGGUGUACUGUAGUAUUAAGUGACAUAUUGCAAGUUAUUGUAAGCAACAAAGAAUACAAAUGAUGGGAACCAGCAAGUUAAUGUUCCUCAGAGAAAAUGUCUUUAACAUUAAAUCCAGGUUUGUUGCCUGGUAAAAAUUUAUUAUUGGAAUUUCAUGUACAAGGCAUAGCAUUAAGAGUGUUCAUUAUAGAAAUAAAAGGGAUGAAUUGCAAUAUGGGUAUUGUUUAACCUCUUGAUGAUUAAUAAGUAAUUCUUAAGUGAUUUAAAAUAGGUUAUGUGUGGUAAAUGUCUUGUCAUAACGGACUAUUAUGAAAUUUUCUUGUUGAAAAUCUGGGCAUUCUUUUAUGUACUUUGUAACCAGAUAACUGCAAAGUAUGAUUUAGUAUUUUUCAGCAUAUGAUAGGUUUGGUAAAGAAAAAGUUUUUGUUUACCCUUUGCUAUGAGAUUUGAAUUCUGAUAUGAAUUUGUUCUUUAAAAUUCAUAUUCUUAAAGGCUUUCUCAUUAAUAUAAUUUUCAUUUUAUUUUUGCUAUUGAGCAGGUGAUAUUGGGGCAUUGUAAUAUUAAAUUUUAAGUACAUUUAUUAUUAAAUGUCUGUUGCAGAAUAUUAUAAUUAAUGUAAAUUAAAAUGCUGUUUUCACAUAGGAAUAAAUGGUAGGAAUAUAUGGAUCUAUAUCUUUUUCACAUGAUCUGUAUACAUUUUAUUAGAACACUAGUUUCUCUAAGAGAUAUCCCAUUGAUCCAGAUGUUGACUUUUUUUUUUUGUCUGGGGGGGGAUGUCAUGGUUUGUAUAUAAGUUAAAAGUCAUGUAGAAUGGUAAGGAUAUGGGAGAAGAAUGUAAUCAAGGCAAUUAAGAGAGGAGGGGGAGAUGUUGAGUGGUGUGUGUGUGUGUGUGUGUGUGUGUGAAAUUGAAAGUCAUCACACAAGCAAGAUGAUGAGAUUAGAAAGUAAUCAAGGCAGUGAAAAAGUGGAUGUCAGAUUAGAGAGCAGGAGUAUGAAGAAUUUUUCAUUCAAGUCUGUUCCUUGUUGAGAGAUGGCCUAUAUUUGGGUCUGAGAAAAGCAUGGUGAAUUGUAGAAAAGAUGAGAAAAGAGAUGAAUCAUAGGAAAGAAGAGGAAAAUGAGGUAGCUUAAGUGUUGAGGUUAUGGAAAGAAAGUAAUUUGUUAGUGGAUGCAAAGGAUAGUGUGUCAAAGGAUAUAAUUGUGUGAAAACUUGUAUGGGUGAAAUAGCAUUGAAAAGUUUCAGUCAGAAUGAGUACACUUCAAAUCCUAUAACUAGGAUCAAUUGGAGGGCAAGUCUGGUACCAGCAGCUGUGGUCUUUCCAGCUAAAAUAGUAUAUAUUAGUGUUGCAGUUAAUGGUUCACCACUGAUGUAGUGAAGACAUUUUUGAUAAUGUAUAGUAUGAUUAAUAAGAUUACAAGUUGUGUUAUAAUUCAUAAAGUAGAGCAUGUUGAUAUUUUAGUUAUUUGCAAAGAAUGAAUCGAAGGACUCAAGAAGGUAUGUAUACAGUAUAUCAGAUGAAUGGGAGGUGUAUGGGAUGUUCCAAAAAAGGUUGGAAAAUAGGUUUAUGGGUAGGGGCUUGAGGACCAUCUAGCAAGUAUGUGUGAUUAAAGAUUAGUUUUGGGGAUUUGAUGUGCUGUUGUGCUGUGAGCACCAUAAUAUCUGUUUACUGUAUAAUAUUGAUUUUUUUUUUUUUUAUUAAUAUGCAAGCAGUACAAAAAUGUAUGCUGCAAUCCCUAUUGGUCUCUAAAAAAGUAAUAAGAUUGAUACUGUAAUUAUUUCAAGAAAAAAUGCUUGAAAUUCAGGAUAAUUAUUUUUGGAGGGCAUCUGGAUUUGAUGUCGUUUUCUAAUUGAAAAAUUAUGACUUGCCAAACUUCUUCUCGUACGAGCACUUUCCCAUCAAAAGCACCUCAAUAGAUUUGCUGAGGAUUUCAGUUAAGUGUACAGUAUCAUGUGCAUUUUGCCAGUGGUCUUCAUUUUAUAAUGCUGUAUCCCUGCCUCAGCCGAUUGAAGUCCGACAAUCAUAUACAGUGGACCCCCGCAUAGCGAACGCCUUGCAUAGCGAACAAUCCGCAUAGCGAACGCUUUGUUCGCCAAAAUUUUGCCCCGCAUAGUGGACAAAAACCCGCUCAGCGACCUUCGUCCGAGACGCGUCCAUUGUUUACCAGCCAGCCUCCGCGGUAACAUUCAAGCAUACACUCGGAAUAUUUCGUAUUAUUACAGUGUUUUCGGUGCUGUUUCUGGAAAAUAAGUGACCAUGGGCCCCAAGAAAGCUUCUAGUGCCAUCCCUGUGGUAAAAAGGGUGAGAAUUAGUAUGGAAAUUAAGAAAGAUUUUGAAGGGUUUGGGGCUAACCCGGAGAAGCCUAUGCCAGUUGUGGAAUCCAUUGUGCCUACUUCAAAAAUUAAGGAAAUGUGUGCACAGUGGGUUGAACUGCAAACCUUUAUGGAUGAAAAUCACCCUGACACAGCUGUUGCAAGCCGUGCUGGUGACUAUUUCAAUGACAAUGUUAUAGCCCAUUUUAGACAAAUCGUAAAGGAACGGGAGGUACAGAGCUCUAUGGACAGAUUUGUUGUGCGACAGAGGUCCAGUGACUCUGAAGCUGAUCCUAGUGGCAUUAAAAGAAGAAGGGAAGUAACCCCGGAAAAGGACUUGCUACCUCAAGUCCUAAUGGAAGGGGAUUCCCCUUCUAAACACUAACACUCUCUCUCCCCUCCUCCCAUCCCAUCAAUCAUCACCAGAUCUUCAAUAAAAGUAAGUGUCAUGUAAUUGUGCAUGCCUUUUUCAGUUUGUGUGUACUAAAAUUAACAUUUUUUUGUGGUAAAAAAAAUUUUUUUUCAUACUUUUGGGUGUCUUGCACGGAUUAAUUUUAUUUCCAUUAUUUCUUAUGGGGAAAAUUAAUUCGCAUAGCGAACAUUUCGCAUAACGACCAGCCCUCUUGCACGGAUUAAGUUCGCUAUGCGGGGGUCCACUGUACUACUGUAUCUUUGAUUUAUUCAUUCAUUCAUGUACCUUUGCAUUUUAUAUUUGAAUCAUGCAGGUUUUCCAUCCAUAUUGAAAGGCCAUUGCAACUUAGUCAUAGGCUAUAUCUCUCAGCAAAUAUGUUUCACUUUUGUUUAGAACAUCAGGGGGGGGGGAUUUUUUUUUAUACACAAGCAUUGUUGUGCACGAGAAGAAAAUUGGACACAAAAGCAUACUACCAACUAGUGAAUUCAGCAAAGAAAUGCAGAGGAAGAUUUUAUAACAUUUUGCUCUGUGUACUGCUUUUCGUGAGAAGAAUAGUUAAUGGUCCUAACUUUAAACAUUCUCUAAAGAUAACCGAAAUUAUUGUAAUACUGUAUUGCAGUUGUAUUUUAAAUGUUAAUAUUCAGUUGUAGCAAGUUUUACCAACUUGUUUAUUGGAUAUUAUAAACUUAAUUUCAAAGGUGUUUAAUAAAAGUUCUUUUGUCUAAUCCCAUUCUUUUAUAGUGUAUAAACAUUGUAACUUUAAAAACAUCUUGUAAGUCAUCUUAAUUUUUGUAAUGAUGGUAAGAGAAUUGUGUAUUCUUACCUUUUCUUCCUUCAAGGUAGGUGCCUUGAUGCCAGUGAGGGGCUUUUGGUCCAACUAAUUUGAGCUACUCUCUUGCCUCCCAAUUCUCCCUGCAUUGAAUGACCCAUAUGGGUUUAACAUCUCACCCUAAAUACAGUAUCAGAAUAAAUAUUG